ACCGCGCAUGCGCAGAGAGGCGGAGCCAGCGGAAGUCCUGACGUCGAGCUUCUUUUUGUUUGAGGCCGCUGAGAGAGUCGACACAUUUUAGUUUCAUCCUUCCUGCUCAAAUACCGGUUUUUAUCUGCAUUACUUUCGGGUGUCUUUUAUGAGUAAUCAGAAGCAGCAAAAGCCGACGCUAACAGGCCAGCGGUUCAAAACGAGGAAAAGAGAUGAAAAGGAGAGAUUUGACCCUACUCAGUUUCAAGAAAGUAUCGUACAAGGCUUGAAUCAAACUGGCACUGAUUUGGAAGCGGUCGCAAAAUUCCUUGAUGCCUCUGGCGCCAAGCUUGACUACCGUCGGUAUGCAGAGACACUCUUUGACAUCCUGGUGGCUGGCGGAAUGCUGGCCCCAGGUGGGACUCUAUCUGACGACAUGACCCGCACUGAGUUCUGCCUCUUCACGGCACAAGAAGACCUGGAGACGAUGCAAGCAUAUGCUCAGGUUUUUAACAAGCUGAUCAGGCGUUACAAGUACCUGGAAAAGGGUUUCGAAGAGGAGAUCAAGAAGUUGCUGCUGUUUCUAAAGGGGUUCACUGAGUCUGAGCGCAACAAACUGGCCAUGCUGACCGGCAUCCUCCUGGCCAAUGGCAACAUAUCAGCCUCCAUCCUUAACAGCCUCUACAACGAGAACCUCGUCAAAGAGGGAGUAUCUGCAGCCUUCGCUGUCAAGCUGUUCAAGGCAUGGAUCAAUGAGAGGGACAUCAACUCUGUUGCUGCCAUGCUCCGCAAAGUCGGCAUGGACAACAGGCUGAUGGAACUCUUUCCUGCCAACAAACGGAGCUGCGAACAUUUUUCUAAGUACUUUACUGACGCCGGGCUGAAGGAGUUGUCUGACUUUGCCCGCAACCAGCAAUCCAUCGGCGCCCGCAAAGAGCUGCAGAAGGAUCUCCAGGUGCUGAUGUCCGGCGGUGAACCUCAGAAGGAGAUUAUCGCCUACACCAAAGAGGAGAUGAAAAAGGCCAACCUCUCUGAGCAGGCCAUGAUCAGCAUGAUCUGGACCUGCGUGAUGAGCUCUGUGGAGUGGAACAAGAAAGAAGAGCUGGUGACCGAACAAGCCAUCAAACACUUGAAGCAAUACAGCCUUCUGCUGAAAGCCUUCACCUCCCAGGGUCUGUCCGAGCUCAGCCUGCUGCUGAAGAUCCAGGAGUACUGCUACGACAACAUCCACUUCAUGAAGGCCUUUCAGAAGAUCGUGGUGCUCCUCUACAAAGCGGAUGUAUUGAGCGAAGAGGCCAUACUGAAGUGGUACACUGAUGCCCACGUUGCCAAGGGGAAGAGCGUUUUCCUCGAGCAGAUGAAAAAAUUCGUCGAGUGGCUGAAGAAUGCAGAGGAAGAGUCAGAGUCGGACGAAGAGGAGACAGACUAAAACCUCCACUGCCAGAUGAGCUUAUUCCCCCUUUUCUUUUCUUUUUUUUAAAAAGUAGCAGCAGGAGCAGUAGAAUGUCUUUUUCCUUCUUUCUCUUCUACCUCCUGUUACUUUUUUUAUCCCCAAACAGCCUUCCACCACUCAAACGCAUUUAAACAAAAUAAAAAAAAGAUGCGUAACAUUAGGUGUCGCGGCUCACGGUGGAAGCGGAAAACGAUGAAUACUACCCCUCAUCUUUUUUAUUUUGGUAUUAUUAUUAUUGUAUUUCCUUCUGUAAUUUGGAUACAAAACAUUCCAUGUGAUCUCGAUGGCCGCUGCUCGUAUGAAUCACAACCAGGAUUUGUUUGAUAUUCGAGUUUGCGUUUUUGCCAUGCGACUGAGGCCGACGAAAAAGCAAUUUUGCCAACAUUUCUUUUUUUCUUCUCCCCUUUUUGACUUUUUGUUUCACCCAGCUCAUGUUUUGGCUCCUGUUGGCUCUUAAACUUCGCCUCCUUUCUUGACUUUUGGGUAAACGUGUACCGCGUGUCUAGAUCAGUCCGUCAGAGGACACGCCCCCUGUAAGAUGCCUCGCCAGCUAACUGAUUAUUAUUGGUUUCUACUUUCUUUAAUCUGAUAUGAACCGAUUGACUUUUUUAUGAAAAUAAAAGAUUAUUGAAAUGGUU